AUGAAACGCGCUGCUGGAAGGAGCCGCUGGGUAACUGAAUGGCAAGUACUUAGUUUGUUGUUUUUGUCUGGCGUUUCGGAGUGGGCUUCCGCAGCAAUUCGCUAUGCCAUACCCGAGGAAACGCAAAAAGGCUCCUCGGUGGGGAAUGUGGUAGCUGAUCUGGGCUUGGAGCUCAAGCGGCUGCCGGAUCGCAGGCUCCGGGUGGUGUCUGGAGGCAGCAAGAGGUACUUUGAGGCAGAUCUGAAGAGCGGGAUGUUGUUUGUGAAGGAGCGGAUAGACCGGGAGGAACUCUGCGGGACGCUGUCUCCGUGCACCUUGGGCUUUGAGAUUGUGCUAGAGAACCCGCUGGAGCUAUACAGCGCUGCAGUGGAAAUCCAGGACAUCAAUGACAACGACCCAGCUUUCCCGGCCAGCCGAAUCAGGCUGGAAGUCAGUGAGUCAGUGGCGCCUGGAGCGCGCUUCCCACUAGAGAGCGCGCAAGACUCGGAUGUGGGGAGUAACUCUUUGCAGACCUACCAGCUCAGCGCCAACCAGCAUUUUGUGUUAAAUGUGAAGACGCGAGGGGAUGGCAGCAAAUAUGCGGAACUGGUGCUGGAAAAGGAGCUAGACAGGGAGGGGCAACCAGAACUGCAGCUGGUCCUCACAGCACUGGAUGGGGGAAGCCCUCCGAGAUCUGCCAGUGUGCACAUCCACAUUGAUGUUCUGGACGCUAAUGAUAAUGCCCCGGUCUUUAACCAGACUACCUACCGGGCGAGCGUAAGGGAGAACACCCGAACAGAUACUCUGGUGGUCAAAACCAGCGCCUUUGAUUUGGAUGCGGGGCCCAAUGGAGAUAUAGUUUACUCCUUCAGUAGUCACACCGCUGCCAAAGUGAGAGAGCUCUUUGCCCUGGACUCCGCUACUGGAGAACUGAGGGUCAAAGGGCUUCUGGAUUACGAAGAAACGUUUUUUUAUGAGAUUUAUAUACAAGCUAAAGACAAGGGCUCUAAUCCGGGAGUGGCUCAUUGCAAAGUACUGGUGGAAAUCAUUGAUGUAAAUGACAACGCCCCUGAGAUCACAGUGACGUCAGUAUACAGCCCGGUGCCUGAAGACGCCGCCCCAGGGACAGUGAUAGCUUUGCUAAGCGUCACUGACCUGGAUUCUGGAGAUAACGGUCUGGUAAACUGCUUGAUGCCCAUUGGCAUCCCUUUCACACUCAGUUCCUCCCUGAAGAAUUACUACACAUUGAAAACCAAAGCAGCUUUGGAUCGGGAACUUGUGUCGGAGUAUAACAUCACCGUCACAGCCAGGGACUCGGGAUCGCCCUCACUCUGGGCGGAAAGCCAGAUACUAGUGCAAGUGUCAGAUAUCAACGACAACCCCCCCAAAUCUCCCCAGCUCUCCUACCAGGUGUAUGUGGCGGAAAACAACCUCCCUGGCGCGCCAAUAUUUAACGUAAGUGCCUGGGAUCCAGACCUGAACCAGAACUCUCGCCUCUCCUUCUCCAUCCUGGAAAACAGCCCCUCGGGCAAUGUCGUUGGCGGGUAUUUCUCUAUCAGUCCGGAGAACGGCACCAUUUGUGCCCUGCCCUCCCUGGACCACGAAGACAUCAUGGAAUUCAGAAUAACAGUGCAUGUCCGCGAUGACGGCCUCCCGGCGCUCGCCACCAAGCUCACUGUCACUGUGUUUGUUACGGACCUGAAUGACAACGCGCCCAGCGUGUUAUACCCGCCUCCAAACGCCAGUUCCUUGCACCUCGAGAUGAUCUCGCCGACAGUCAGCGCCGGGCACGUGGUCACCAAGCUUGUGGCCUGGGAUGCGGACUCGGGAUACAACGCUUGGCUCUCCUACACCCUUCUUCAGGCCACCGACACCAGCCUCUUUUCGGUGGGACUGCACAGCGGGGAGAUAAGCACCGUUCGCCAGCUGCUGGAGGGCGAUGCUCCUAAGCACACUUUGGUCAUCUUGGUCAAAGACCAUGGGGAGCCAGCCCGGUCCUCUAGCGCGACCAUCACCAUAGCCGUAGCGGAGACUGCUAAGGAGGCCAUGACGGACCUCACUGAUGUGUCCCCCACACAAGACAAAAAGAAGCAGUUGACUUUCUAUUUAAUCCUGGCUGUGAUCUUGGUCUCCGUGGCCUUCUUUGUCACGGUCAUAGGGGUGAGCAUUGUUCAAGUUUACAAAUGGAGGCAAUCGAAGGAGAUUUUCAGCUCCUCCAGGAGCUCCCUGUACGGAACGCCGGGGCCUUUCACCCGCAUAGACGCUGUCCGGGGUGGAUAUGUGCCUCCGAACUUCUACCAGCAGGUGUAUCUUACCACGGACUCCCGCCAGAGUGAUCUUCUGUGCACAAAGCCCUUCGCCCCCAGUCCCACUGGGAGCCGGCAGAACACUGUGAAAAACUGCGAGCCCGGAUUAUAUCAUCAGAGAAUAGACACAGCUAGCAGGUGUCCCGCUCCCGGCGAGGUAAUGUAG